AUGAAUUUACUUAUGAUACGGUUUUGUAAACAAUUAAGAUACAGUGUUUAUAAUAACAUCAAUGAUAUAACUAAACGAUAUAAUUGUGUAUCAAAUAUUGAGAAAUCUAAUAAUACAUCAUCAACAAUCAAAUCAAUAAAAUUUCAAGGUUAUAAAGUAAUCUAUUUGUUUCCUUAUAUUGUACAUGCAAGGAUUUUUAAUAAACUGAAGUGUAGCUACACAAUUUUAAUAAGUGCAACUAUACCAGUAUCUAUCAGUUUAAAAAUUUUAGAUUUUAUAUCAUCAGAGCAAAAUUUGAAUUUCGUAUGUGCGGGUUUAAUACUCACUUCGUCACUACAUGUUAGUGCUUAUAUAUGUAAUAAUGUAGUUGGAUCCAUAUGUUAUAAAGACGAUGACAAAUAUUUAGAAGAUCAAGAAAUUAUAAUAUCAUAUAUCAAUUAUUGGGGUAAAAGAAUAGAUUUCAAGACUACUGUUAAUAAUAUUACUCCUUUUUCGGAGAAUCCAACCACUUAUAAUUAUUUAUACGAAUCCUUAAAUGCUAAAUCAUGUAAUAAAAACUUGAAAUUAAAAAUGUAUAUAAAAUAUGGACAAAUUAUA